AUCACUCGCCGCAAUCCUACGUAAAGUAAACGUUUUCUUAGAUUCAUAUUAAAAUUACGUACAUUUAACAUUAAUACGAUAGUGCAGCAUAUUUUUGCUAAUCAAUAAAUAAUCAUAAAAAUUUUGGAAGAAAAAAAAAACAAAAUAAAGCAAUAAAUUAUCAAGUGUUGUGUGCCUAAAUGCCAAUUAUUAAGAUAAUGAUAUCAUCAUGUGUAAUUGUAAAAUAAAUAGGAAAUAAACGUUUAGUGAGAAUUUCUGGGUUUCGUAAAGUCUUUAAGAUGUUUAAAUCUCUAAUACAAACAAUUUGUUUGAUGUGUAAUUUUUCGCACGACAACAGACUUUAGUAUAGGUAUAAAUCAUGUGAUUAGAGUCUAACCAGCAUUAAAUAUUUGAGAUAAGAUUGUAGUGAAAGUAAGAUAAUAAUGUGUAAUCCAUUUUUAUCCCAUAAAAUAGAAAUAAUUUUGGAAAAUGAAUAAACGCUGGGAUAUUUAUUAUUAUUGUACAGCUGCGAGAUUGAAAACUUUGAGAUCAUGCUUCAAGUGUAUGAUGAUUAUUUGUUAUGUUGCAACAAAUGAAACAUAAUGAAAUCAAAUUCCAUUUCUAAUUGUGGCUGUCUGCUUUAAUGCGGAUUAACGCGACAAACCGAAAGGUUCCGACUUGAGAUAAAUCCUUGAGAGGUUUUUUUUGAAUGUAUAAUUCUUGUUUAUUGCGUCUAUUGCGCUUGUUGCGCAUUGAUAAUAAUUGAACUGGAUAAAAUGUGGAUUUGCAAUUUAAAUUGCACAGCAAACUAGAUCAAACGAUGAUUAAAUACUCGUAAAGGCACGUGUAAUAUACACAUCGCAGAUUAUUUCAUAAUAAAAAUUUGACAAUUUAUGACAGAUUUGUUGUUUUAUUUCUUAUAACCGCUUUAAAAUUAUUUAGAAAUGUUGAGAAAAUGUCCCAAGAAUAGUAAUGUGGUAACACUCGCAUGGAGUGAUGACACCCAAUGUUCAAUAAACGUGCAUGGAUGCACAGUAACAUCAUGGCGCGUGAAGAACUGGGAACAAUUGUUUCUAAGCCGCCACGCCAAACUCAAUCAACGCAAAGAAAUAAUGGGUGGAGUAUCAAUUGCUUUUCCGAAAUAUGGCGGUUGGAAAUUUGGUCCACCGAACGGAUUUGCAUGCAUAUCAAAAUGGAAACUUAUUAAAGGCCCUGUCUUAGAUAAAGACACUCAAGAUAUUGUUGCUGUUUUUGAGCUAGUGGACAAUCCACAUACCAGAUCAUUUUGGAACUUUCAAUUUAAAAUUACCAAUACAAUCAGGUUAUCAGAGUAUUGCUUAGAAAUCAAAAGCCACAUUCAAAACACUAGUCCAGUUUUACCGAUGCGUUUUAAUCUAAUGUAUCCGAUGUUUAUCAAGGUCCCGAAUGUCGAGACGAUACAGAUUGUAGGAAUGAACAAUGUGCAAUAUAACGACGAGACUAUAAAGGAAGAUGACGUAUUGCGAACGGAUCGGAAAAAGGCAAUUGAGAUUACCGCCUGGACGUACCGAAUUUACAAACAAGCGCCAAGUACUGUGGACAUUUUCCAUGUUACUUCGGAUUGUAGGAUGAGAGUUGAAAAUUCUGGCUUGCAGGAUUUCAUCGUAUGGAAUCCAUGGGACGAUCAUGGAAGUCAGGUUGAUGAUUUCCGUCCUGAGCAGUAUAAAGAAAUGAUUUGCAUUGGUAUGGGGAAUAUAAAUGAAGAAAUGCGUUUAGAACCAGGAGAAGAUGAUAAUUUUCGAAUAAACUUAGAAAUCGUGAAAGAAAGACGUUCACGUUUCUAUUAAUAAAUGCUUUAAAAUCUAGAGGUCUCAGUAUACAGUGUGCAUAUAUGCAACAUGUUGUACACAUGACAGUUCUCCACCUUUAUACAUUGUGUCUUACAUGUUCAUUCAUGUCUCUUUUGUAAUCUGUAACGGUCAUUUUCUACAAUUUAGGUAAUUUUAAAGUUUAUACACUAACAAGACAUGGAUUCGAAUAAUUCUAAUCCAACAAGGAGCUUUUCUGGAAUGUCUAUACAACUAUCACCACAACGUGUGCCUCCUCGGCAGGAAAAGAAUCCCAAAAGACAACGCAAGUUAGCAGAUGUGGCCAAAUUGCCUUCAGAAGAAGCGAAAAAUGUGCUUUUUGAGAAACUCUUAAACGAUCCAGAGAAAAAACGAAUGGUGAUACAAAUACUACAUGAAAAUAGAGCUAUAAUUCAGGAGCAUUUACAAAAAGAACAAGGGACUUCAAGUCCUAUCAAUAAAAUUAAAUCUACAGUGUCAAAUGAUAGUCCAACAGCUUCUAUGAAGUAUAAAAUGAUGGAAAAACAACGGAAACUACAACAAAUGAAUGCUGCUGCAAGUGCAGCCAAAUUUGAGAAUAAAAUGAAGAGUUUGGCACUUACACCAUCCAGAAAACCACCCAAGAAAAGUUUAUUGAAAGGAGUUAAUGCUUAUGUUGAGGUGAUGGAUGCAAACUAUACUGACAAAUCUGCAGGAGUUAAAGCAUUGCUUCUGAAGAUGGGAGCCACUGUUGCUCCAAAAUUGACUAGUGCAUGUACACAUGUUAUUUAUAAAGAUGGGAGUUAUGAAACUUUCAAGAAAACAAAACAAUUGAAGUUGCCAUUGGUGUCUAUCUUAUGGUUGGAUGUUAUGGACAGAACUGGAAUCAGAGCACCACCAGAAAUCUAUCCAGCACUUGGUGAUUAUGAUGCUAAACAAACCUGUGAUAAACUUUGUGAAAAAUUGGGCACCAAACGUCGGUCUUUAAGCGCAUCUUCACUCUCAAAUAUUUCACCACGCAAGACGAUCACCUCUAGAUUUGAACUAGAUGAUGAUUUUAUGAUUAAUGAUAAAGAUGAUGAUGAAAUCAUUGAAAGUUCACAGCCUGACACAAACUCUACGCUUUUGAAUAUGACGCGACAAAGACUUCAAAAUAAGUCGAUCAUUAACAACAAGAAUACUCAUGAUGAUAGUUCAAGCUCUGAUAUGUCUGAUGCAUCAUCAGAUACGCCGCUGAUUGCAGGUCGUGCAUCGCGCAAAUCUAAAGCUGAGUUGAAUGCAUCGAUGCAACUUAGUGAAAAUCUUCGAAAUAAUUCUUAUAUUAGACGCACCUAUGAUGCAGAUAAAGAAAACAGUAGUAGUUCAGAGCUAACAACAAAGAAAAGUUUGUUUAAACAUGUUACUAUGAGGCGCACGAACACACCUAAGACAAAAAGGGUACCGGAAGAAAAGGAGAGUGAUUUAUCACCUACAGCAGUACCUGCCACACCCAAUACUCCAAUACGUACAAGGAGGACACUGCUACACCCGGAAUUAUUGGGUAUUAUUGUUGAUGAGACUGAUAAUGCAAGUGUUUCGAUGGAUUUAACGAAGCAAAGAAGUUUAUUAACUAAAACAAUUAGUGAUACUCCGAAAAAUAAUGUUACUAGAAGGAAAACCAAUAAUUUAGUUACUGAUAUGGAGAUUACUAAUGCAAAUGUACUUCCGGAGAAAACAAACUUGACAAAAUCAGUUGUAGAUAGAACUUCUAUAUCAUCAACAAACACUAGUAAAUCUGAUGAUUUAAUAUCAUUUGCAGUAAAGAGGUCUUCAAGAAGGAAUACAAUUUUACAAAAAACACCUGAACCAUCGGAGCAGAUCAAAGUUAUUUCCCGGAAAUCUGAUGACAAAGAUACAAAUGCAUCCCUUGAGAAAUUGUCAUUAAGAAUCUCAGAUGGCACAGAAGUGGCUCAAGCUAAUAAAAAUUCAUCUUACGGAACACCAAAGUCACUGAAGAACAGUAAGAGUCCUGAGAAAAAUACAAAGACUUCUACAGCUUCAUCAUCAAGUGCAAAAAGUAUUUCAGAUGGUUCUGAUGAUUAUCAGGAGAUUGUUCAAACUAAGAGGAAGACAUCCACUGCUAUACUAAAGACACCUGUGGUGAAUAAGAAGCAAAGUAACCAGAUUAUGGAACGUACUAGAAGUUCUUUGGCAUCAUCAGCGAAUACAAGUACGAAUGAUUUAACCACCAGAAGAAUUACAAGAAGAAUGACAAUUCAUAUGAGGACGAAUGAACACAAUUUGAAUGUAUCAAAGUCCCAACUAUCUAAUAUUUCCGAUGCGAAAACGAAAAAUUCAACCGAUGCGGAGAUAUCAUUAAGAGUAUCCGAAAAAACGAAUUCUUCAGGCGUUCCAUCUCUGAGAGUCUCAGUAGGAACAUCGGUGGAGGGGGAAAGUUCGUCAACAAAUUCAAAUGAAGGAUCACCAGGCAAUGCGACAAAGACAAAACAAAUCGCAGUAAGUCCUUUAUCUGACCUUAGUCAAAAACUAAACAAAACUUCGAUAAGCAACAAUAAGAAAAUGAAUACCAGUUCAACCAAGACCGCCUCCACUUGUUAUUCAAUUAUUGAUGAUAGUACGGAUACAUCGCGCGGUGAGCAAUCGACGCGAUCAAAAUCAGGUAGGCCGAGCCUAAUCAGUAAUUUGACAUCUUCGCGUGCCACUACCACCACUACAUCAAGUGAUGCUUCAAAGACUUCUAAUAAGCGCAAACUUUGUAAUCCUGAUAAUGCACUCGAGGAAUCAAUACUUGACGAAGACGAUGAGGAAGAAGAACGCAACAUUCGAACACAAGAUACACAGUUGAAACUUAGAACUGACGCGACAAGAAAACAAUUGGAGGAUAGACUUGAAUCACUUCCGAUUUCUGGUAAUCAAGGGGCAAAAACCAGAGAUGAAAAUAAAAAAGUUCAUAAUGAUGACGACUUUGAAGAGCUACCAUUACAAACGCAGCGCUCUCAACCGAUACCGACGCAAACACAACAAAAAAAGAAUAAAUCGAUAGUAUGCACGCGUUUUCACUCACAGCAAAUCGUAGAAUUCCAAAAUAUUGUUAAAAAGUUAGACGAAUUUAUCAUUGAACAAAAUGUGAGCAGCAGGACUACUCACCUCGUUGCGAUGGAGGCUUCCAGAACUGUGAAUUUACUACGUGCCAUGUCGCGAGGAAUAUGGAUAUUACGCAGCGAAUGGUUGUACGAUUCAAUGAAAGCCGGCAAAUGGUUAGAAGAAGAUGCUUAUGAAAUAACUGAAUUCUCACCUUUGGUGCAGCAGCUUAGAUUGCAACGGGAAUCAUUCGGGAAGGCGUUCUCACAUGACGUGUUCACAAGUUGCGGAGCGAUUCACAUUUCUGCUGACUGUCGACCCAGCAAGCAGGAUUUGGAAGAACUGGUAAUACUUUGCAAAGGUGAAGUGACAAAUGACAUAGAAGCAGCAAAAAUUGUAAUAGGGGGUAAUAGUGACAAUGAAAGCGAAUCUAAAGUCUAUGUGAAAGAAGGAUGGAUUCUAGACUGUAUAACUUUCGGACGUUGCAAGAAAUUUAAGAAUUAUUUAUCCAACCAAUGACAACUUCACAUCAAUGAAGAUAGGAUUUUAAUCUUUUAUUUAUCUAUUUGUAUGUGCAGCUGCGUGCAUUUUAUAUUAUAGUAUUUGGUAGAUCCAACAAAACAAAAGA